ACAAAAAUUCAGGGGAUUUUUGCCAGGUCGCAUGGAUAUUCAACAUGGCGGACAGGAUCACACAGUUGCAAGAUGCUUUGAAUCAGCUUGCAGAUCAAUUUUGUAACAGUGUCGGCAUAUUACAACAGACAGCUCAACCUGGAAACGUUUUUUCAGGUUUUGAAAAGAAUGGUGACAGUGGUGAUGUGACACAGGAAGGACAUGCUGCUUUGUUUGCCACUCUUAUUGCAAGAACUGCAAAGGACAUUGAUUUCCUAAUCGAGUCUCUUCCAAGUGAGGAGUGUUCACCAGAGCUUCAAGCAGCAAGCUUGCACAAGUUGGAAGCUGAAAGUAGCGCAGCUGGCAGGAAACUGGAAGAGGCUGUAGCAAGAGGAGAAAAACUGUUAGAGCUCAUCCAACAAGCCCUGACUGACAUUGCAGAAUCAAGGUUGCGCACGAAGUGACCAAUGGCCUGUUUCAAUCAGGGUUGGUCUUGGUGAAGCUGUCCACGACUGUGAGAUGUUAGAGGACCGAAUAGUGUCAAGGAAUUCCAUAGCCGGCGGAAGUUCCAGGGCAUUACAGUCACUGUUUGCCGACAUUGAAGAAGAAUGCCACAUGGAUUGCCUUCGUGAUAUGCACCAAGGACCAAGAGAGCAUUUCUGGCAAAAAUUGACAUUGCUUUUUAAUGGACGAGUGCGUGAAAGCGAAAAGUGUAUUCAUAGAGAGGACAAUACUAGUUCUAGGUGAUAACAAGGGUGGCAAGGAAUCAGGACGAAAAAUCAAUAAACAUUAAUCAGAAAGAACUGAGAUGCAAUCUAAUUCAUUAAGGAUGAAAGCGCAGCUAUUGAAAUGGAAUGUAGUGAAUAAAUUACGUGAAUAAACAGGAU